CCGGUCUAAUAUCUUAGUGGCGGAUGACAACUAGUCCGCCAUGCCAUAUUAAAGGACUCGAUCAAGUGAUUCCGGCGCUCACUUUGUUUCUCAUCCUUGCACAUCCUUGUGUCUUGCAAGGGAUCAUCGGUGCAUAAUUUCAUGCUUGCCGCAACUCCCAUCGAUUUUGCCUUCGACGAAGAUGAUCAUUGGCUAUCCACAGCUCCUCCUUUGCUAUACAGGUCGACAAGUGUCGGAAGUAGCUGGGGAGUCACAUCGAUAGGUCGCGGCUUUGAUUGGUCUGCGAAAGAUGAUAAGGAAGUCGAAGUCAUAUCGCAACCUCAAUGUCCAUUGGAGAAAAAGCCGCCACAGGAUGUUCCAAAGCUCGAAGACUCUAAGUCCGCAAUGCCCACACGACCGCCUCUACUGGUUUCUCCAGUAUCUCCAAAUGUAUCUGAAGCACAUCGUCCCCCACUUUCCCGUUCCCCUACCUUGUCACGGGCUCGCAGGAGGUCUUCGCAGCAGCGGGUGUCCCUCAUCGCAGGUCGCGUUAUGAUAGCCCCAAUAGAACCGCCUUCACCGCCUCCUACAAUGCCAAAGAUUCUACAUCGGUCAGGAAGCACUGGAAGUAUAUUGUCUUCCGUUGCGAUUACCUGUCCUCCGACCCCCGCUCGUGAAGCCUCCUCAUUACCUGAUGGCAAGGCCAUAUCAGACUUUUUUAUCGAAGGUGAGAUCGGCCGAGGCGCGUACGGCCUCGUCAAAAGAGCACGCGAAUACAAAACAGAUGGAUCCCUUGGGCCACCAUUGGUCUUGAAACAAAUAAUCAAGUCUCGCAUCCUUGCUGACUGUUGGAAACGACAUCCACGGUUUGGCACAAUACCAAUAGAAAUCUUUGUCAUGUCUGUUAUAUCAUCAACGUCGUACACCUUACCCGCAGUACGGCCAUGGGAUCCAUCACGGCGACGGCCUCCCGCUAGAACCGACGGAGACCCGACACGUUUUCAGCCCGAUUGUGUCCACAUGGACGACGAUGAAAGGUGGCAAGAAGGAAAAGAGAUCAAGGGACAUCCAAAUAUCUGCCCUCUGGUGGAUUUCUUCGAAGACAACCAUUAUUACUAUCUUGUCCUACCGUCUUCCACGCCUGAAAAGACGUCCAAUGAGCCUCCUCCAACAGAUCUAUUUGAUCUCGUCGAGACUUACCCUCAGGGACUUUCACCGUUUGAUAUUCGCAGCUAUCUUGGACAGCUUGCAGAUGCCCUAUGUUUCUUGCACUCUCAUGGGAUAGUUCAUCGAGAUGUAAAAGAUGAGAACGUUGUCCUCGGACCGAAUGGCAAAUGCGUUCUAAUAGACUUCGGAAGUUCGGGACUUGUGAAGAAGAACGGAUGGGAUACAUUCAGUGGGACAUUGGACUAUGCGGGCCCUGAAAUUUUACGUGGGGAGCGAUAUCACGGGAAGGAGCAAGACGUAUGGGCGUUCGGUGUUGUGGCAUACGUCCUUCUCGUAGGAGAAUGCCCUUUCGUCACGGCAGCUGAGGCCCAAGAGGGAUUGACCUCGCCGUUUGCGAACGCAUCUAUUGCACUGGAUGAGCGUUGCGGUGAUGAUAAGGAGAAAGAUGGAGAAGAGGAGGAUGGUGGUGGAGCAGCAGGAGAUGCUGCAGCUCUCGUCAGAGCUUGCUUGCAAGUGGAAGUGAGUGCGAGACCUACGUUUGAGAACAUUCUGCAGUGUCGAUUUUUGAACGGGGGAAAGGGUUGGGGGAUGGAGCUGCCCUGCGGUAAUUAUCAACACCUAUCUCCACAACCGAGCGCAUUUCCAGCACGUGUCGCUUGAUCGAAGGCAACGAGGCAGAUAUUUCGUCUGUCAGACUCCCACUGAUCCUGAUGAGGAUCUGUUCGGCCUAUCUUGGACAUAUCUCCACUUACGUCGUUUCUUUUUAUCUCAAACCAUCAAAUCUCACCGUAUCAGCAUCGAUCUGCCAUGAUGCCUCUAAUAUUGAUCUGUUUCAACUAGCUAGCACGCAUUACUAUCGAUAGGCUGUACUAGUAGCACAUCGUAACCCUCUUCUUGUAGAUUAAUCAUAUCUGCGAAUGUAUCAAAUUGAUCGGGA